AUGUCGGGCGCUCCCCCUCCAAAGCCCGCUGGCGGCUUGUCGCUGUACGCCGACCUGCUCGACCCUCCCACCGACGCCGCAGCCUCGAUAUCGCGGGCGCCGCAGGUCUCCCAGCAAGCGCUCGACGCGGUCAAAGAGCAGGAGGCCGCCGCGGCCAAGAAGCCCGUUGACCCGUCUCUGCGUUUCCAGCCCAUUCGGCGGCCCCAGCCAAAGACGCAGAAGCCCAAGGCCACCUUCCCCAAGGCCGCGCCGCCUGGUGCGCCUGUUUCCAGUGGGGGCAACGCCGCAGCCGCAGCCGCGGCUCCAGUCAAGAGCACACUGGCCGACUGGGCCGUCACCGAGGAGGAUGAGUGGAUGUACGCCGGUGAGAAGCGGCCGCGACCGAGGAAGAACAAGAAAAAGAAGAACAACAAUGCGCCCGCCGAGACGGACUGGGACGAGAUCUACGACCCCUCGAGGCCGACCAACGUGGAUGAGUACCUGCGCAGUGACGAGCGCAUCAGGGAGGUGAGGGAAUGGAAGGCCAUGCUCUACAGGCACCGGCGCCCCGCCAAGAGGCAGUCGAGUUGGGAUAGUGACGAGGAAGAAGACAGGCCGAUGAUGAAUCAAUUUGCUCCCCCGCCGUCUUAUUCCUUUGCGCCGCCGCCCGCGUCACCACCUCGAGCUCCCAUCCCUGACGACAAAACAGGCGACGAUGCCUACGCUCGCCGCCUUGCCCUGUCACAGGGUGUUGCACCUCCUCCGCCGCCUCCAAGGUCAUCAUCGCCUCCUCCACCUCCGGAGGCAGCUCAUGCCGAGCUUCCGGCGUCCUCGAUGGCCAUACCUCCGCCUCCGCCUCCGCCCCUCGAGCCAGACGCACCGACCAUCUCUCGUGCGCCCGUCCGCUAUACCCAGCCUCCGCCUGCCUCGCCACCGGCUGAGCCCAAUAACCCCGGCCCGGACGCUAUGGAUGAGGACGCAGCCGAGCCGGCAGACUCAGAUGCUACACGCACCAGCAGACCAGGACAGAGAGGGUUUGCCGCCCGCCUGAUGGCUAAAUACGGCUGGAGUAAAGGCCAAGGUCUCGGAGCCGAAGGUACGGGCAUCAUCGCGCCGAUCCGAGUCCAAGUCGAAAAGCGCAAGAAAAGGUCGGACGCCGAGGGAGGCGGGUGGGCCGAGCCAGGCGGACGGGGCCGCAUCAUCGAGCCCAAGGCCAACCCGAACGCCGCCAGCUCGUCGAGCUCCUCGGAGACGGCCAGCAAGUUCGGUCCCGUGUCGAACGUGAUCGUACUGCGGCAUAUGCUAGACAACAUAUCAGACCUCCGCGCCGAGAUGGAGGACGGCCUCGGCCAGGAGAUCGGCGAGGAGUGCGGCGACAAGUACGGCCGCGUCGAGCGCCUGUACAUCGACGUCGCCGGUGGGACGGGCAGCGUCUACAUCAAGUUCGUCGACACGGUCAGCGCGCUGCGGGCCGUCAACGCGCUGGACGGGCGGGUGUUUGCGGGCAGCAGCAUCGAGCCGCGGUAUUACGACGGGGAGAUGUUUGAGAAGGGGAUAUAUGAGUAA